GCCCGAAGAUGCAAAGGUGGCUAGCAUACGUGACUGGCCACGACCCCAGUUUGUGACUGAGGUCUGAUCAUUCUUGGGAAUGUAUGGGUAUUACCGCAAUUUCGUUAAGAAUUAUAGCAUGAUCACAUCUCCCUUCACUGAUCUAACUUAACUUGAUAAGCUGUGGGAUUGGACCAAUGAGUGUGAGGCAGCUUUCAAGUGUUUGAAGCAUGCACUCACACACCAUGAAGUUCUCAUGGUACCCGACCCACAAAGGCCAUUUGUUGUAACCAUUGACGCAAGCCAAUACAGCAUUGGCGCAGUGCUGGCUCAGCAGGACGGGAAGAAGUUGAGACCGGUCGAGUACAUGUGCAAAAAGAUGCCGUCAAAGAAGUUGGCAAAGUCCACCUACGAGAGGGAACUCUAUGCUCUGUACAAGGCACUUAUCCACUGGAGGCACUAUCUGUUAGGGAGGUUCUUUUAUUUGAGAACUGACCACCAGACCCUCAAGUGGAUCAAGACGCAACCGGUUCUUUCCAAUGCACUCAAACGCUGGAUUGAAGUCAUAGAUCGGUAUGACUUCAAACUAGAUUAUGUGAAGGGAGAGUACAACAAGGUUGCAGAUGCGUUGUCUAGAAGGGCAGAUUACCUAGGUGCACUGAUUUCUGAGUUUGGUCUAUCUGAGGACGUAACUCGAUCUUUGGAGGAAGCCUACAAGGAAAGAUCGUAUCCGAUGGACAUCAUCAACAAACUGCAGGCCAAAGACAAGGCCACCACUGACGAGUUUGUGAUGGUGGAUGGGUUACUCUUUCUUGAAAAGGCAGGGUUGAAGAGGUUAGUUGUUCCGUCUAGGGAGAUUUUGCGUAGUUUAUUUUUAGAGACCGCCAGGACUGAGCACGUCAUUAAGUUAUUCAUGGAUAACUGGGUGCGUGAUUUUGGGCUGUCAAAGACAAUCGUUAGUGAUAGAGAUGUGUGUUUCACCAGCGAGAUGUGGAAGAAGGCCGCUGAACAGAUGGGCAGCCAGCUUCAGAUGACUUCUGGGAAUCAUCCCGAAGCAAAUGGGCAGGCUGAACAAAUGAACCGUGUGGUGCAGCAUCUGCUGAGGCAUUACAUCAARCGCACCCAGGAUGACUGGGAUGAGAAACUACCUCUCAUCGCCAGUCUGUAUAACAAUGCUGUACAUAGCACCACCGGCGUCAGGCCUAAUCAGCUACAUCUGGGAUGGAAGCCUAGAUCUGCUCUAGACUUCCUCCUGCCUGAAAACCGAAUUGCUGCAACUCCUGGAACCAUUGAAUUUGGUGUCCAGUAUGAGAACUUGUUGCAGCAGACUGUCGAACACAUUAAGAAAUCUCAGGAAGCCAUGAUUGCUUCUGAGAACAAACAUCCCCGACAGUCCACAUUUCAGAUUCAGCUGAAGAUUGAGAAGACUCAGGAGGAUAAAAGAGCGGAGAACAACCGGAAGGAGCUCCUCAGGUUUUUGAACGCUAGCUACGAUUGAUGGAAUUGGUUGGUUGGACCUUAUAUUCCAUUAGUUCAGGUAGUGGUGCUUGAUCGGAGUGUGAGUAGCCUUUCAGACUCUUGAGUGAAUGGGCAUUCUGCCAAGGUGGAGGCAGUCUCAAUCUCUGGCAAUGAAUGGCAAGAGGGGUGAAAGUCCUGGGGCCUCUUCACUGUAUCGCAACAAGGAGCUGUCCUUCAAGUGGUGAGUGUUCUGAUGAGGCUGAAAGAUUUCCUUCUUCUUCCGUCCCCUCGUCUCUUUAUCAUUCCUCCAUGAAUCUGUCAAUCAACUCAACUUGUCGUUAUUCUCUGGGCGGGAAUAUCCGUGCUGUUGUGUUUCUCAUCAGUCGCUGCUCCUAUGCUACUUGUUUGCUGCAUAUUUUGGGUGUGUAAAUAAGUGGGCGUAACAUGCUCGAUUGUGUCCAUGUCAGAUUUCUGCGGGAACUCUUGCUGUCAUCAGUUGUCUCUGCCGUUCUACCUCUCCAUUUUUGGGUGAUCGUCUUUUCCGUCACACAACAUACACGCAGUACUUGUGCUCUAUGGUUUGAAUACGCUGUGCCCGGCCUCAGUGCAGGUUGCGCAUGGAUUACUUUCGGUGGCUUUGUGCAGCUGCCCAUCCUGGGAAGGUGAGGGAUAAUAGGUAUGGCACUCCUCUGGCCACUCUGUACUGCAAGCAAAGGGUUGGGGGGAUGAGGAAGCCAGCCUACUUCCUGCUGUGUGCCUUGUGACUGCCCUCUCUUGUAGAGCAUUUUAACCUGGCCGUUCUAUUCGCAAAGGCUGUCUGAUGGUGGAUUCUGUUUUUAAUUUGUUGUGAUCAAAUCUUUUCAAGGAGCGAGGGUCUUGCCGGUCUUAAAUACUCUCCUCUGCGACUGUGUUUGGAAAUGCAUGCAUGCAUGGGAUGACCAAUUCCAAUUUCGUCUUCCCCCGCAGAAAUAGUAUAUGCAUGUUAUAGAGGACUAGUUAGUAUUAUGUAUAUGCAUGCAGCAGCAGUGGGGGUGCUGCUGCUCGCUUGACCUCUCUGCACAGGGUCUGGUACCUACUUCUGGCCAGGGGUUUCUUUCUGGCACAAGUUGUGAUGCUCUUCCUUUAGACGGAGAAGUUUCGGUUUUCAACAUUUGUUGUUUUGCUUACAGUUCGUGGGAAGUGGACGGAAGCGACGGGAGGACGAAUCCGUAUUGUCCGGAAACCUGAGCGCUGUUGAUCGGUGAUGAUCAACAGAGGAGGCCUACCCUUACUCUUACUCAGCUGGGAGAGUGACUGAUUUGGCAGAGGCACAACAGAGGAGCUCUAAACCCAUAUCCAUGUCUGCCUGUCAAAAGGAAGAAGGUAGGCUAUAUUGGUUGGUGCUGUAUUGUACCUGGGGUCCAGUGCCCUGCGGUGGUGGUGGAUUUUAAUGGGCCAGAGAGGAGAGUAUACUGCGAGCGACUGCUUGGUACAGCAAAGCUUUUGGGCACCAAGCGGCUUUGAUCGGGUAGAGAGGUCUAGUCUAGUAGCGAGAAGGUCGUGAGAGAUGCAUGUGUGUGCCCUUGUGGUGGACUUGUUGCUAUCUGUCCGAUAUGGCGAUGGUGGGGAUGAUGAUGGCUGUCAUUCCUUUUUGCAUGAUCGCUUGCUUGUUCGAGUCCCCUCCGUUCUCUCCAUUUGGCCACGUUAAACUUGAUCCCACGAUUCUUGGCAGGCAGGAUGUUUGGUCACUAAACAUCUGCCGCCUUAGGCAUGACCGUUUAGUCUCGCAUCGCCACACCCGUUGACUCCGAUUGCAUGAUCACAUGAUUCACAGCUGCUGCCGCUCACACUGAAUGUCGGCAACCUUUCUUUGUACUGGUGUAUGAAAUGUGUUGUGUGCCCCGUGACGAUUAUAGAUAGUUGCAUGCGGUGCAUUUGUGUUGUCGUUGGUUAUCAUUAGUCCUGCGGAGACUGGAGAGGUUGCCCCGAAAGCAUUUCACAAUCUCCUUUUGCAAAAGGUGAAUGUCACAGGACUCGUGACAAAAGAGAAAGGUUUGAUUUGUCUGCCAGUCAGAACUUGGUCAUAUCCUGUUCCCAACACCCGUGCCCUUUCCCCCAAAGUCGUUGUGUCCUCCGUUAGUUUGGAAAACGCUUGUUCUUUGGUCCAGCAAACAGUAUCCGUUCUCUGCCCAUUCAUGUGUUCAGUCGUUACAUUGGAGAAUAGAUGUGUUGUGUGAGGCAGGGAGGCUCUAAGGAAGAACGAGGAGAAUGGCAUUGAAAAUUGCGGUGGUGCUGAAUGGUGAUCGAUAGUGGUGGGGUGAUGAUGAUCGCCGUAUCCCUAUAUGAUGGUGAAGAACAAAAAGACUAUGAUGGAGGAGAAGAAGAUGAUGAUGACUCAGAGUGGCCGUGAGUGCUUUUCAGUUCAAAACCUCUCUGCUUUCGUUGGCGGGGUUAUCGGCCAUGUUUUGCGUGGUUACACUUGGAAAAGUGGUGAAUAUUCAAAAAAGUCUGAGAACAUUUGGAUCUGAAGAAGAACAAGCGAGGGGUGCGAAAGUCUAAAUGGGAGAUGACAAUGCGCCUCCGCAAGGAGCAAGUCUUCUUCCUCAGUUUUCUUUCCGGAUUGUGUUCUGUGCGGAGCAUGUAUUGAUACCUAGUUUACUCUGCUUUGUUUCGGGAUAAUAUUUUCUGCAGUGGUAUUGUUGUUGUUGAUAAAAGCUUCUUCAUUGC